CCCUUUCAACUCAUUCACCAACUUCUUCCCCUUCCUUUCCUUCAACAGUUUCUCUAAACAUGGCUCUCUCUACCAUCUCCAAAUUAGCCUUUGCCCUCUCUGCAACUUUGUUCAUCGGCUACGCUAUCGCUCACGACUUCUCGAUCGUGGAAUAUUCCCCCGAGCAUUUAGCCUCCAUGGAUAAAACCAUCGAGCUUUUCGAGUCGUGGAUGUCGAGGCAUAGUAAGUCGUAUAGGAGCAUUGAAGAGAAGCUCCAUAGGUUUGAGAUAUUCCUUGACAAUUUGAAGCACAUUGAUGAGACAAACAAGAAGGUUUCUAGCUAUUGGCUUGGGUUGAAUGAAUUUGCAGACCUGAGCCAUGAAGAGUUUAAGAGUAAAUAUUUGGGAUUGAAAGUCGAGUUUCCGAGGCAAAGAUCAGCUCGUGGCUUUAGUUACCAGGACGUCGAGGACGUGCCGGAGUCGGUCGAUUGGAGACUCAAAGGAGCUGUUACUCCAGUCAAGAACCAAGGCUCCUGUGGGAGUUGUUGGGCGUUUUCAACUGUGGCAGCAGUGGAGGGGAUAAACCAAAUUGUUACUGGAAAUCUAACCUCGUUGUCCGAACAAGAAUUGAUCGACUGCGAUCGAAGCUUUAACAAUGGAUGCUAUGGCGGUCUGAUGGAUUACGCCUUCCAAUACAUAAUGUCGAACUCAGGACUUCGAAAGGAGGAGGACUACCCAUAUCUUAUGGAGGAAGGAAAAUGUAUUAGAGAAAAGGAACAAUUUGAUGUCGUAACAAUCAGCGGUUACGAAGACGUGCCAGCAAACGACGAACAGAGCCUCCUAAAAGCAUUGAGUAACCAACCUGUCAGCGUAGCCAUUGAGGCUUCUGGCAGAAAUUUCCAAUUCUACAAAGGGGGAAUAUUCACAGGUCGAUGCGGAACUGAGAUGGAUCACGGUGUGACCGCGGUCGGGUAUGGUUCAUCAGAGGGAACAGACUAUAUUAUUGUGAAGAACUCAUGGGGACCAAAAUGGGGAGAAAAUGGAUACAUUAGGAUGAAGAGAAAUACCGGAAAACCUGAAGGAUUAUGUGGAAUCAACCAAAUGGCUUCGUAUCCAACCAAAGAGAACUAAUCCAUUGAAGCUCUCUCUAUGUUGUUUGAACAUUUCGAUACUCUUUUUUCCCCUCCAUGUUCCUUUCAAAUUGAUAUUGAAUUUCUGUAACUUUUCUAUUACCUUUGAUCAAUAAAACGACCAAAUUAGUAUUGGUUCGACAUGAA